UACUAGUAAAACAAAAUAAUAAAAAUCAAUGGCGGUCACGUGCAAAGCGUGCGGAAUUCCUCCCCACCCCUAAUUCCAACUCAAUACAAACAAACCCGCCACCAUCACUUCGCCGGCGCCGCCCGCCGCCGCCGCCGCCAACAAAACUCCCAACCCUAUUCUUCACCCCAUAACUGUAACAGAAACCUCAUUCUCCUCCAUUUAUUACAAUUCACAAAUCAAAUCCGAAAAAAUUCCCCCAAUCCUUGUCCGAAAAUCAUUAACAACCCCACACCAAACCAGGUUGCCUUAAAAUUAGAAACACAAAUCGAUCGAGAUCCCCAAAUUAAUUCGAAGAUAGAGAAUGGCGUUACCAGUCUUCGUUCUUCUUCAAAAUUUUCCGAUUGUCUUGGUCGUUUGUUGUGCAGUCGUCGUCCUCGUAACUUUGUCGAGGUUAAUCUACAAGCUAUGGUGUCGGCCGAUCCUCGUCCAGAAUCGUCUGCGCGCGCAGGGGCUGAAGGGGAAUUCUUACAGAUUCUUACAUGGCGACAACUGCGAGAUUGUCCGAAUGAAGGAGGAGGCGAUCAAAGCCCCCUGCGAGCUGACUCACCACGAUCUGUUCCCCAGGAUCGUCCCCCAUUACCAUGCCUGGAUGAAGCUUUAUGGUGAAAAUUUCUUCUAUUGGAUGGGUCCUAAGGCAGCUGUUGUAGUGACUGAGGCAGAACUUGUUAAGGAAGUGUUGGGCAACAACGAUGGAGCGUUCGGAAAGGUUAAGGUUGUAGGACACGCCAAGAAAUAUUUGGGAGACGGCCUUGUUGUCGCCGAGGGCCAAAAGUGGUCGAGGCUCCGGAAAAUUGCUAAUCAUGCUUUUCAUGGAAAUUGCCUAAAGGAAAUGUUUCCGGCGAUGGUAGCGAGCGUCGACACAAUGCUGGUCCGUUGGGCGAGCGAGGGCAGCCGAGAGGUCGAAGUGACCGAAGAGUUUCGGAUUUUGACGUCGGAAGUGAUUUCUCGGACAGCCUUUGGAAGUAGUUAUAUCGAAGGGAAGAACAUAUUCAAAAUGCUGACGGAGUUAGGAAACCUCGUCGCAAAAAACAUGCACAAGAUGACAUUUUUCGGGCUAGAGAAGCUUUGGCGAUUCAAAGAGGAGAUUGAAUCCGAUAAAAUAGAGAAAUCUUUGCACGACUCUGUAAUGACAUUGAUAAGGAAACGGGAAGAAAGUGUGAAGAGUGGCUUCGGGAAAGACUUUCUCGGAUCGCUCUUGAAAGUGCAUCACGACAACGAUCCCAAUACGAGGAUUUCCGUAGACGAUGUCAUCGACGAAUGCAAGGUUUUCUACAUUGCCGGGCACGAGACGACAAGCACCGUAAUGCCGUGGAUCGUCGUCCUCUUAUCGGUUUACACCGAUUGGCAAGACAAAGUACGGCAAGAGGUGUUGCAAAUUUUCGGUCAGGACAAGCCGACGCCCGAAGGCAUCUCGAGGAUGAAAAUCUUAACAAUGGUGAUCAACGAAACGCUAAGGUUGUACACUCCGGUGGUGGCGCUCAACCGGAAAGUCGACAAGAAAACCAAGCUCGGGAGAUACGAGAUUCCGGCGAACGUCGAAUUGAUCGUCCCGUCACUAGCUCUCCAUCGGAAUCCCGAAAUAUGGGGCGAUGAUGCCCACCUCUUCAAUCCGGAGAGGUUUUCGGAAGGCGUGGCGAAAGCCACAAAUGGGAUGCUCUCGGCAUUUAUCGCAUUUGGAUACGGACCUCGAUCAUGUGUUGGCAAUAACUUUGCUAUGAACGAGAUCAAGAUAACGCUUGCGAUGAUCCUUCAACGGUAUAAGUUUGUGUUGUCGAAGAAUUACGUCCAUUCGCCUUUCCAAUUUUUGACUAUUAACGCUCGGCACGGAGUCCCUAUUGUUCUACAUCCGUUGGAGGAGUAAGGACGUUGUCUACGUACUGUAUUUCUAUACGAUACAUGUAUUUUUAGUCCUGUAUGUGACAUCUUUUUUACUUUAAUGUUUUUAAGAAGAAUAUGUUUUAAAA